GUAUACAAUGGAGUGUCAUUUUGUGGUUGUCUGUGAAGGAAAAUGCAGUGGAGCAAGGGGCUAAUGACAGUGAUGCUGUUUUAGGCUCAUCCGGGAAGGCCCCUCCAAGGAGGGCAUUUGGACAGAACCGUGAAUGCAGCGAGGGAGCAAGCCAUGUGGCUUCUAGGGUGACAAACAACUCUCAGUGCCUUCAUCAAGCCGGCUGCUUCACAGCCACAUCUCUGGUGACAGCCUGGGAAAGACUCAGUUCUAAUUAAGGAGCGUCACACACCAUCCUUUCCGGAGGACAGUGGCAAAGACAGCUUCCCUCUGUCCUGCAUUGCGACCCUUCCUUUGAGGCCCUCCCCCAUGAGGGACCCUGGAGUGUCACGAAGUUUAAUUACCCCACAACCCCUUUGGAUGGGAAAGGAAAUCGCUGUUAAGGUUGAUAAAGCUUCAUCGAGAGAUGUUAUCAGCGGUUUAAAGAUUGCUAACGAAGCAGGCUACUUUAUUUCCUGAAAAGACAAAUUAUAUGCAAGAAAAACCAACCCACCACGAGUGGUCCAUGUGGCCUGUGACUAUCUCGGGGUGAUGUCAGGCAUGCCCGGGUGGCCAUCGCCCAGUGGAAGUGAAGUCGGCCGUAGCAGGCCUUGAGGCCCCCAGGCCCCCCCCCCGUUGCCUUGUGAUCAAGCCUCCGUCUCUGGGAUUUUUCUUCAAAGUUCCUCCCCAAUUCUUCGUGAUUUCCUCCGGCCCAUCGCUGGGAGGCCCCAUCAGGAAAGCAGAAAUGGCGACCACGAGGAAAAGGAUUCUCAAACUGCUCACCCUCCUCAUCCUCUUCAUCUUCCUCACCUCCUUCUUGCUGAACUACUCCAACACCAUGGUGGCCACCCCCUGGUUCCCCAAGCAGAUGGUCCUCGAGCUCUCUGAGAACGUCAAGAGGCUGAUGCGGUAUCCCCACAGGCCCUGCACCUGCGCUCGCUGCAUCGGACAGCGGGAGGUCUCGUCCUGGUUCGACGAGAGGUUCAACCGGUCCAUGCAGCCGCUGCUGACAGCGCAGAACGCACUCCUGGAGGAAGACACCUAUAACUGGUGGCUGAGGCUCCAGCGGGAGAAGCAGCCCAACAACUUGAACGACACCAUCAAGGAGCUGUUCCGAGUGGUGCCCGGAAACGUGGACCCCCUGCUGGAGAAGAGGUCGGUGGGCUGCCGGCGCUGUGCCGUUGUAGGCAACUCGGGCAACCUGAAGGAGUCCUGGUACGGGCCGCAGAUAGACAGUCACGACUUCGUGCUGAGGAUGAACAAGGCCCCCACAGCGGGGUUUGAGGCCGACGUGGGGAGUAAGACCACCCACCAUCUGGUGUACCCCGAGAGCUUCCGGGAGCUGGCGGAGAACGUCAGCAUGGUCCUGGUCCCCUUCAAGACCACCGACCUGGAGUGGGUGGUCAGCGCCACCACCACGGGCACCAUCUCCCACACCUACGUUCCUGUGCCCGCGAAGAUCCAAGUGAAAAAGGAUAAGAUCCUGAUCUACCACCCGGCCUUCAUCAAGUACGUCUUCGACACCUGGCUGCAGGGCCAUGGGCGGUACCCGUCCACCGGCAUCCUCUCGGUCAUCUUCUCCCUGCACAUCUGUGAUGAGGUGGACUUGUAUGGCUUCGGGGCAGACAGCAGAGGGAACUGGCACCAUUACUGGGAGAACAACCCGUCGGCGGGGGCUUUUCGCAAGACCGGGGUGCACGAUGGGGACUUCGAGUCCAACGUGACGGCCACCUUGGCGUCCAUCGACAAGAUCCGGAUAUUCAAGGGAAGAUGACACUGCGAAGGGUUAAGGGCUGAUGCACCAGAGCGCGCCUCUCGAGGUCCAGCCCCAGCGUCUCGCCAGGGCCGUUCCGUCCCUGGAGCUCCGAGGGCCAGCCUUGAGGGUGCGCCCAGGUGCCUCUUGCAGCCUCUUGCACCCCAACAUUUGGCAGCAUCUACUCAGCAAGGUCGCCGAGCCCUGCCAGGGCUGC